AUGACGGAGUGGACUCUACUCAAACGGCUGCUAGAUGCUGUCCACCAGCACUCCACUAUGAUUGGUCGCCUUUGGCUGACCGUCAUGGUUAUUUUUCGGUUGCUCAUUGUUGCUGUGGCAACUGAGGAUGUGUACACCGAUGAGCAGGAGAUGUUUGUGUGCAACACGCUUCAGCCAGGAUGCUCCACCGUCUGCUACGACGCAUUCGCACCAAUUUCUCAACCUCGCUUCUGGGUCUUCCACAUCAUCAGUGUCUCCACACCGUCCCUCUGCUUUAUCAUCUACACGUGGCACAACCUGUCCAAACUGCCCCACAACAACACCCAGAGGCUGGGACAAGAGGUGUAUGAUCGGAGCUGUGACUCGGACAGCUGCUCCAUCCGCUCCCAUAAGCACCUUGGUCACAGCCUGGCUGAUGUGCUGGAAGGCAUCCCUACCCAGAAGGCUCUAAUGGUCUCAGGGGGAGUCCUGUCUAAGUGUUACGUCUUCCAUGUGUGUUUACGAGCUGUGCUGGAGGUGGGCUUUGUCUUGGCCCAGUGGAAGCUGUUUGGUUUCAAAGUGCCAGUCCAUUUUCUGUGUACUUCAGCUCCUUGCAGCCAGCCGGUGGACUGCUACGUCUCCAGGCCCACGGAGAAAACCAUUUUCCUGCUCUUCAUGUUUUGUGUGGGCGUUUUCUGCAUCCUGCUCAAUCUUCUGGAACUCAACCACCUGGGCUGGAAAAAGAUCCGGCAGGUGGUGAAGCUGAAGGAGAGGGCAUCUCUGGGACGAUGUACGGGUAUGAGAGGGGGGUAUGAAACCUUCCCUCCAGACAGCCCCUCUCUUACACCCUCUUUGGGCUUUAGAGAUGUGACAAGCACCACCUCCCUGCCCACUUUGGAUCUGGUGGUGGGUCACAAGCCAGACUGGACCUGUGCUGGGAACUGUGGCAGGAUGGGGGAGCCUGGGGAGGUCAGAAAGACCAGAAUGGAGCAACCAAAGAGACAAGACUUCCAUACAGGAGAAGGGCAGCCUCUGAAGAGUAAGAGGGAGGUCAGAGGGUCAAAGCAGAGGAGUGCUGAGGUUUGGAUAUAGCCUACGACGCAGAGACGCAUGUUGCUUCUUCUGUUGAGACCCUUGGCUUGACUUGGUUCAUAAUUUAUCCUUAUUUGAGGUUGCACAGCCUUUCAUCGAAGAAAAUUUAGGAGGCGUAAAGAUGUAGACUUCUUGUUAUUUUUUGUGCAUUACACCCACCAAAGUUUCACGGCUCAUUGGAUUAUUUUCACAAACCCAUGUGGGGCCCAACCUCCAGACUGGGGACUGCUUAUUUGGAGGAUCAUUACACAGCCAUUACACCAGUGUGUGGUCACCUCCACUGACACUAUUUGACUGUCAUUUAAGCUGCCACUGCUAAACCAAAGACACUACUGUGAUGUUUAAUGAUCAGAACCUGUAAUGUAGAAGCUAGACUCAGAGGUUUUGGACAGGCAGAGGUCAGAGUUCACUCCAAGCUGAGAGCAUAUUUAUUCUGUGAAGCUGUCUCUGCUCUGUCGAAACACCACUAACAUGUUAUACUAAGCAUAGAAACUACUGUUGUCUAAUAUACAAAUCCCCUACAACAUUUAC